AUGUCCAAGCCGGUUAUCGUCAUUGUGCCAGGUGCGUGGCACAAGCCCGUCGUUUGGCAUGACGUUGUACAACAACUACACACAGCAGGCUUCGAGGCUAUCCACGUCGAACUGCGUACCGUUGGUAGCACAACGACGCCCCUCCACGGUCUAACCGACGACGUUACAGCGGUGCAAUCCGUGCUCGGCGAGCUUGCGCUCCAGGGCAAGAAAGCCUUGUUGUUGGGUCAUUCCGCCGGUGGCCUAAUUGGCAGCAACGCGAUAAAAGACCAGGACAAUGUCAUAGGCAUGAUCCAUAUGGCCGCCUUCGUGAUCCCUCGCGGCAAGGCUUUGCUCGAUUUGCUGGGUGGAAAACCUCUCCCGUGGAUGGAAUACAAGGUAAGUCGGUCCGCCAUUGGCGACCGGGUUUUCGGGCGUCAAGAAAUGUUGGCUGACGUUAUGUUCAACGACCUCAACGCCGAAGAACAAAAGAGAUGGAUGACCGAGAUGACGCACACGUCAGCCGCGCUUUUCGCAACGCCCAGUGGCUACGAGCCUUGGAAAAAUGGGAUGAUACCUUGUGCUUGCAUCUUUUGUGCGGAGGAUCAUGCGCUACCAUUUGUCGUCCAGCAGGAAAUGGCGGCGCAGUUAGGACCAGAGGCCAAAGCCGUUACGCUUGAAUCAGGCCACUGCCCUUUUCUGAGCAUCCCUGAACAGCUGGUAGAUGCUAUUCAGAUGCUCGAAGCGCCAAUGCGAGCGACCUAUUCAUAGACCGCACCGUUUCUAGCCUUCAAGACUCCGCCAGUCUCUCUCUUCUCCUCUCCACUCCACUCCAUAGCAAUCAAUGGAUCUCGUUGACGAUCCCAUACUCUUAGUAUAAUUUGAAAAAGCGCAGUACAGGCCAGCUUGUCUGUAAGAACAUGCUGGCUCAGGCUGAAUGAUCAGUUUCGUUUCAUGGACUUCUUCGCGUCCACCGGCGCCGUUCUUUCGGAGCAAUAAAAUAAUCGCUUGGUGUCCUUGCGCUAACCGCCCAUACCAGGAACUGGUCGCAAUGAGAGAAAGCUUCCACCGUCGAAACCAGCGGCGCCGACUCCUGUAGCCACUCAGCCACUGUUUGAUAGGCACGCGUUGGGACGUGUCCGGGGCGAUCUUCCCCGUGUUCCCGGUUGCCGGCCCCGUCCACCUACGGGGAGUGGGGAACCUCGUGGCUCAACAAUGCUGGUCCGUUGCUUGCGGC